CUGAAAACCAUAUUUCCUGUGGAAAACUCCCCCUGAAUCAUUUCAAAGCAUCUCCCUCGAAGAAAAGGAAGACAGAGGCAAGCUGCACGAAGCUGAUACGAGAUGUCCAGCGAGAGUACGAGAUGUGGACAGCACAAAGCUCAACCACAACGUGACAAGAUCAAACAGCUGGAAGAGUUACGCCCUCCUCCUCCGCCUCCUCUUUCUCCUCCUCCUCCUCCUCAGGCCAGGGAUGCAGUGUCACCGCCUGCCUCAGGAAGUCAGUAUUGGAGCAGUAUUGUGGGCACUAAGCAGAAGCAACAGAGACCAUCAGUGCUGCGUCAAGUUUCCCAAACAGCUUCCAGACGACAACACGAAAAUAUUGCAGCAGUCUCUAUUUGCAAAGAAGAGGGGGAUGCAGGCCGUCUUCCCCAGUCUUCUGCGCCACACAUGGGCUCCUCUCCCAGGCAAAGCCAUCACUACUUCUUCCCCUUGAGGAGAGAUGGUCCAAAGAGUUCCAUUGAGGCCAGACUACAUGAUGGCAUCCCUGAGGGGACCAGUGCUUUGUUUGUGAGUGGCCUCUGCCGCUGGCCUGGCUGUGAUGCAAUGUUUGAAGAUUUCGCUAGUUUCCUAAGGCAUCUCCAUUCUGAACACAGUCAUGGUGACAGGAGCAUUGCUCAGUGGAAGGUCCAACAAGACAUUGUUCAGUGCAUGGAGAGUCAGCUCAUCCUGGAAAAACAGAAACUCAUUGCGAUGCAGCUUCAUCUGCACCUCUCUGAACACAAGUACACUGACUUGAAGGCAGCUUCUGAGUGGCCGUACAGCCUCCCCCUGUUCCUGCCCCAGCCUCCAGUAACAGAUGGAGAUGGAGUGCAACAGUGGGGUAUUAAACACCUGGAGGAGUUGUCCCAGCAUGGAUACAGAGCUGCUGGCUCUGCCCACCUUCUGCCAGAUCUGGUCCCCAGUAUUGAAUGCUACAAAUACAACAACAUCAGACCUCCAUACACCUACGCCUACUUGAUAAGAUGGUCCAUCCUGGAGUCUCCAGACAAACAGCGCACUCUGAAUGAGAUUUACAACUGGUUCACUACCAUGUUCUUCUACUUCAGACACAACACUGCAACCUGGAAGAAUGCAGUGCGGCACAACCUCAGCCUACACAAGUGUUUUGUGCGAGUGGAGGGUGGAAAGGGAGCUGUGUGGACGGUGGAUGAAACAGAGUACCAGAGGAGGAAAGGACAGAAGUAUCACAGGGACUGUCCUGUGAAGUGGCUCAAGUCGUACUCCCAUUACUGUCCAGAGGACCCCUGAAUGCCACCAGACUCAGCACUGAGCUGCAGUCACAUCCACAUGUACUGGUAUAUAGAACUGCAUGAAGAAGUGAAGAAUCUGUUGAAUUGUCUGUUUAUAUUUUGUUGUUUUUUUUAAUUGCUUGUUAAAUGUGAUUGUGAUUUUUUACACAUAUCUGACAGAAGCUUUUGUACCUGCUGAUUUCUAAUUUCUAUUUGCAAAGGAAGUGUUG